AUGGCAACAAUAAACAAUUUAAUAAUCAAAAAGACACAAAGCACGUUGGGCAAAGUGAUAAAGAAACCGGCUCUCACUGAAAAACUACUAAGCAAGCCGCCGUUUCGAUACUUGCACGACAUCUUUACAGAGGUCAUCAGGACCACAGGUUUUAUGAAAGGCUUGUACAGAGAGAAUGAAUUGAAGUCUGAAUGCAUAAAGGACAAAGAGAUGAAGAUGGCCUUCCUUCAGAAAGCAAUAGAUGUUGUGGUACUGGUGAGCGGAGAGCCACUCUCUGUGAGGCCAGCGCAAAUCGUUGCCGGUCACGAGCCCGAGAAGACCAACGAGCUUCUGCAGGCUAUUGCCAAGUGUUGCCUUAACAAAAUGUCCAGUAAGGAGGCCGUGAAGGCAAUAACUGCAGGAGAGAAGCUGGAAGUGAAGGCAAAGGAGAGAACAUUCAAGGCACAAGACAAGGAAAAUCUCGAAGGACGUGAAUGUCACACAGACAAGCCGGAGAAAAGACUGAUAGAACACACCGAGUGCAGGUCAGAGAGGGACCAUGACCCGCCUCGAGAGCAGGAGAGGCAACGUCGAGAGCCCGAGAGGGAACACCGCCGUGACAGGGAGCGUUCCGCCAAGAACCGCCACCGGGAACAGGACAACCCUAAGGAUGGCGACCAAGAAGACAAGAGUCAUGAGCGAGACAAGGAGAAAGAUGACGCACAAAGCAUCGAGAAGGAGAAAAGUCAAGAGAAGGAAAGCCACAAGACAAGAGAGAAAGAACGGGAAAAAGCCAAAGGUGGAGAAAGAGAGAGACACAAGUCUUCACUGUCAUGGACCACUAGUCCCACAAGAAACAGCCAGUCUUCCGCUGCCAGAGGGCAAAGACGAAAAAACACUAUUGGAGAUGAAUCAGACUGUGAAGGCGACCAUCAGCAGACGCAAAGUCUUCCAAACAAGGAAGGCGGAGAUACCGCCGGUUCCUCGCUUCCCCCUGAAGCGCCACCCAGCCGAAAUUCGCGGCCCAGCAGUGCUCGCCAGGGUCCUCCACGAGUCAAGAAACAGGAGAGCUUCACUGAAGUGGUUCCAGCUGAUAGGCUUUCUAGUGUCAAGUCAUCAGUUAUCCGAGAUGGCAAAAAGCUUUCAGACGAUGAGGACGAGGAAGACGAGCAGUUUCUGGUAGCGGAAGCGGCCCCCGAACCUGCAGAUACGCAGGAAAAGGAAGCUGCACAAGACCUCAACAGUGAAGAAAAACAUGGUGGACUCGUGAAAAAGAUCCUCGAAACCAAAAAAGACUACGAGGGUUCACCAUCCUCGAGUAAAUCCAAAGAGAAGUCUGAGGAAUCUCGAAAGCAGGAUCAGGAUCUGGUCACGCGGGAGAUUGAGCGUCUGCGUGCAUCCAUCCAGUCUGUAUGUCAGAGCGCGCUACCUUUGGGUAAGAUCAUGGACUACGUGCAGGAGGACAUCGACGCCAUGCAAGCGGAGCUGCAAAGCUGGCGGAAGGAGAACAAGGAACAUGCGCAGGCUUUGAUGCAAGAGCAGAAAGCGACAGACCUAGCAGUUGAACCUCUCAAGGCAGAACUGGGCGAGCUGGACCAGCAAAUGAAAGAUUACCAAGACAAAAUUUGUGCUGUGCAGUCUAAUAUACUAAUGAACGAGGAGAACAUCCAGAAAAAGUUGGCUGCCAUCAUCUCUCCCAGAUCCUGA